CAGUCAAUCUCAAUCAAGUGAGCGAGUAGGCGCGAGUUUCAAGUCAACAAUUUUACUAUAAUUUUAAUAUCGUGAGAUCUUUGAGUGUACAGCAAUGGAGUGUUUACCAGACAACCCUCUAUUGAAAUUCCAUCCUGAUACACUGCAAUAUGUCAGGAAAACGUAUAAUUUGGAUCAGCCAGGAGCCAUGGAUGAUGCUAUUGAUAUUCUCGAAUCGUGGGUGCAGAAACAGCAACAUUUUAUUAAAAAGGAGUUUGAUCGUGACUAUUUAGAGAGAACAAUAAUAAGAGCAAAGGGUUCAGUGGAACGAGCGAAAGAACGUCUUGACAAGAUUUGUACAUCAAGAACACUAAUACCACAUUUCUUCACUAAAUUUGACGUCAAGUCUUCUUUGCUUGCAGAUUCGUGUGACGGAUUUUUGCCAACGUUAACAAAAGACCACUAUAGAGUUUAUUUGACAUCGAAUAGUAUACAAGAGUUUAAUCAAGAAACAUUCCUCGCUCUAUACCAAUGCUUUGUUUCUAUGUUGGAAUAUGUCUGCAGAUUUGAUUAUUCGUGUGGGAUCAUAUUGGUUUUGGACCUCAGAAACAUGAACCUUUUCGAUUGCGUAAAACACAUUAAUAUAUCUGAUUUGAGCCACACCUUUAGUCUCCUGUUGAGCGGUUAUAAUUUCCAGAGCGGUUAUGGAUUCAGGUUAAAAGGAAUGCAUAUUAUAACAUCAUCCAAGUUUGUAGACUCGUUGGUAGCAAUUUUUAAACAGAUAUUAAAUAAGAAAGUCGGCGAACGUAUUCAAGUCUUCAGAACUGUGGAAGAGGUUUACGAUCAUAUCGAAAAAGAUAUUUUACCAGAAGAGUAUGGUGGUAAAGAAAUGUCUAAAACAGAAUUGCAUCAAAAAUGGCUUGAUAUUCUCAGCUCGGAAGAUCAUAUAGAAUAUAUGACCAAUAUGAAUGAAGCCAAAACUAUUGAAGAGCUCAGAAUGAAGAAUGGUGUUAAAAGCGAACACUUGGGUGUUCCAGGAACAUUUAGAGCUUUGAAUAUGGACUAAAUUUUUAUUGAGAGCGUUGCACGAUAAAUGAUGGAGAUUUUUCUAAAAUGCGAUUCAUUUGAUGAAGAUAGUAUUGCCAGCAUUUUCAAUUAGUGCUUAGUAUAGCUUUACAUUAUCGUCAACAGAAAAAAAUACUCGUACUCAGACGGUAAAAGACAUACUUUUGGCAAAGAGUCUUGAAUAUUUUGACUAUGUUAGCUGUAUACAAUUACUUCCUAUCCUUAAUAUUCCUAAUUCCUCGUUUAUUAUAAAAAUAAAAUAUCAUUGGACUAUAGCCUCUCAUGUUGACAGAUUAGUUUCCAUUAUUAAAGCUAAAAAAACGAUUUUGUAGGGGUACCGCUUAUUCAUUUCUAGUUAAAUUUUUAAAAGAAAAUGGUGGAUCUUUAUGAUAGCAAAGUUUUGCUGGUAAAAUAAUUUAAUAAAAAAUUAAAAUAUUUUUAAUUUUCCAUAAGUAUCGUUUCGGUAUUUUAGUAUUUUAUCUUUUACAGGGACAUAAUAAUAUUAAUUAUCUGUUAAUCUGUACAUACACUAUAAUUGAUGUUCAUUAUAUGGAUUUGGC